AUGGAUCCUGUGAUGGGGAGUAGUGGGAGUUCUGGCAACCAACAAGAAGCCUCCGAUUCUGGCAAUGGAAUGAAGUCGUUCCAUCGCCACACUGCUCACCAAAUUAGUACCCUGGAAGCAUAUUUCAAGGAAUGCCCUCACCCGGAUGACAACCAGCGACGACAAUUAAGCAAUCAACUGGGUCUAGAACCUAAGCAGAUCAAGUUUUGGUUUCAAAACAAAAGGACUCAGACAAAGUCUCAACAUGAACGGGCUGAUAACUCUGCUUUACGAGCUGAGAAUGAAAGGAUGAAAUGUGAAAAUUUCGCAAUGUUAGAGGCAUUGAAAAUGGUGAUUUGCCCAGCUUGUGGCGGUCCACCAAUUGGAGAAGAAGAACGCCAACGUUGCCUGCAAAAAUUGAAGCUAGAAAACGCCCAAUUGAAAGAGGAGCAUGAGAAUGUCUCCAACAUUCUAGCCAAAUAUACAGGGAAAGCAAUUUCGCAAAGUGAGUCACUAAUGAUAUAUAUUCCAACAUCAUCACUGCCUUUACCACCUGCUAAUUUCACGACGCAAGGGAUGGGACAUCUACCCCUUUAUAAUUAUCUUGAUCCGAAACAUUGGGACAACAUGGCAUUGCCCUACCAGUUUAAUGGAGUUACAGAUGUGGAGAAAGCACUAAUGUCUGAAACUGCUGCCAGUGCCAUGGAUGAGUUGAUUAGGCUUUUGCAAGUGAAUGAGCCUUUGUGGGCCAAGUCCCCAUCAGAUGGAAGGUAUGCUAUUCAACGCGAAAGCUACCAAAAAACAUUUCCAAGGGCCACUCGCUUGAGAAGUCCUAGUGCUCGAAUUGAGUCUUCAAAAGAUUCAGCAUUGGUAACAAUGAAUGCAGCACAACUAGUUGAUAUGUUCCUAGAUGCGGAUAAGUGGGUGGAUCUUUUUCCAACAAUUGUUACCAAAGCCAAGACAAUUCAACUACUUGAAACAAGGAUGGUCGGAAACAAGAAUGUUUCCUUACAACUGAUGUAUGAACGAAUGCACAUCCUUUCUCCUUUUGUUGCGCCUCGAGAAUUCUACUUCCUCCGCCAUUGCAAACAAAUUGAGACUGGGUUGUGGGUUCUGGUGGAUGUCUCCUAUUCCUACUGCUUCUUCAAAGAGACUUCCCACUCUUGGAAGUUCCCUUCUGGAUGUAUGAUUCAAGAAAUGCCAAAUGGGUGUUCGAAGGUCACGUGGGUAGAACAUGUGGAAGUGGAUGACAAAAUACACACUCAUCGUCUCUACAGAGACCUCAUAUGUGGUAGUUCGGCAUAUGGAGCUGAACGUUGGGUUAUUACUCUUCAAAGAAUGUGUGAGAGAUUAUCAGUCUCAAAUGGGGAAACUGAACACAUCCAUGACUUGGGAGGAGUGAUUAGUUUACCAGAAGGUAGGAGGAGCAUUAUGAGGCUUGCCCAUAGGAUGGUCAAAAGCUUUUGUUCAAUCUUGAACAUGUCAGGCGAAUUGGAUUUCCCUCAAUUAUCAGAGGAGAACAAUAGUGGGGUUCGAGUUUCUGUUCGCCAGAGCAUAGAACCAGGCCAACCCAGAGGAAUGAUUGUUAGUGCUGCUACCUCUCUUUGGCUUCCACUACCAUGCCAAAGUGUCUUUAACUUGCUCAAUGAUGAGAAAGUCCGAUUCCAGUGGGAUGUUCUCUGCCAUGGAAAUCGUGUAAAAGAGAUGGCAAACAUCUCAACUGGAAAUACUCCAGGGAAUUGUAUAUCUAUAAUUACGCCUUCUGUCCCUUCCGGUAACAUCUUGAUGCUUCAAGAGAUGAGUUGCACAGAGUCUCUGGGAUCCAUGGUAGUCUAUGCUCCAAUGGGAAUUGCGGCCAUGCACACAGCUAUAAAUGGUGGGGAUUCUUCAAACAUACCCAUACUUCCAUCAGGUUUCAUAGUCUCAGGUGACGGUCGUUCCGAGCUUGGAGUUGGUGCAAACUCUACCAGGUCUAGUGGUUCACUUCUUACGGUAGCCUACCAGAUAAUGGCCUGCAGCCCUUCAUCGUCAAUGGAGCUAAGCGUGCAAUCGGUUGCAACUGUGAAUACUCUAAUCAGCUCUACGGUUCAAAGAAUAAAGGCUGUUUUAAACACCUUUAACUUGGAUUGA